CUUCCGGUUAAACGUGUUAUUGUUUUUCAUGAAAAUAAUGCUCCCUUGAAAGAUGCUGGCGAUAGUGAGAAAGAAUUGGUUCUUGAUCGGCAUAGUUGUUGUUAUAUGCCUUGCGAAACUUGCUCCUCAAAUCGGAGCUAAAGGAGGUAUUUUGUAUCCAGAAAUCACAGUCAAGUAUAUCGCAGUUUUCAUCAUAUUCUUCAACAGUGGAGUGUCCUUAAAGAGUGAUGAGCUUGCCAAAGCCCUUUUUCAAGUGAAAACACAUAUUUUUGUGCAAGGCUUUACGUUCCUGUGUUUCCCAGUCAUUGUAUUUACAAUUGUGCAUAUUCUAAAUGCCUUCAACUUCAAUGAACACAUAACUGAAGGGCUGAAAAUAUUAAGCUGUUUGCCACCACCAGUUUCCUCUGCUGUCAUCUUAACCAAGGCUGUUGGAGGAAAUGAGGCCGCAGCAAUAUUUAACUCAGCAUUUGGAAGUUUUCUUGGUAUUGCAGUCACUCCAACACUGAUUUUAUUUCUGAUUGGUACAGAGGCGUCAGUUCCGGUGCUAAGGAUAUUUUCGCAGCUGACAGCGACAGUUGUUGUUCCACUGUUGAUUGGUCAGUGGGUGCGGCGCCUACUGGCAAACAGGGUCAAUAUUAAAAAUGUGCCUUGGGGCCAGAUUGGCAGCGGAGUUCUGCUGCUGAUCAUCUACACAACAUUCUGUGAUACAUUUUCCGAAACAAGCAUCGAUGUUGAAGCCUCCACAUUCUUCAUAACAGUUGUAUUAAUCAUUGGUCUGCAGUGCUCCCUACUGUAUUUGGUGUACUUUGCGAGCACAGUGCGUCUCCUACCAUUUACACGCAGUGACUCUGUCGCACUCAUGUUCUGCUGUACACACAAGUCACUUACUCUUGGAAUUCCAAUCAUAAAGAUUAUAUUUGCUGAAUCUUCGUACCUGUCCCUUAUCACCAUUCCAAUCCUCAUCUACCACCCCACACAGAUCCUGCUUGGCGGGCUGCUUGUGCCUUUUGUACGCUCCUGGAUGCUGGAAACUGCUCGCCCUGGGUUGAUUACAAAAGCAUUAAGUUCAGCAGUAAGCCUGCAGUCAUCCCAACAGUUUGAUGAUGCAGUGGGCAUAUAGUAGAGGGUAGAAAGCAUUUGAAUUCCAGGCGUUCGGGUGGAGGGGGAACUCCCCACACAGUACAAUCAGACACAGUGACUACAAGUGGGACCAUGCAACAAUGGCUUUAGUUAACUGUAUGCUGCAAGAAUUUCAUCAUAUGAACAUAAUAUAAAAGUAUUUAUGGCUGUGAGAGCCCUUUUUAUCAUCAUAAUUUCUAUGCCAACACAUGACUGUGCUGGAAUACAUUGAAAUCAUAUAUAUAUAUACAUCCAGGAUAUCCAGGUGGUUACAUUACUUUUGUUUUAUAAUUGCUGCAUUCCAAUGUCACUAGAUCUUUUAGUAUUAUUUCAAUUUUAUCUCGCCUGUUUUUCAAAAAUUUAAUGUUGAUUGAGGUUUCUUCAGCAUGAUAUAAAAAAAAAUUCAAAGCAAAAAUAUGUUUUCAUUUAACUUAUAACAUACUUUACUAAUUAUUCAAUAUAGCAACAUGAUAUACAUGUUAAUCAACAGGGAAAGAAUCAUUGGCAUCUAGAUACUGUAAUCUCGUUUGUGUUGUCAAUGUACCAUGUACAAACAUGUUCGAGUCAUUAUAUUACCAGUAUACAGGUCAAACUGGCAGCUGAUAUUGUAAAGAAAGGGGAAUGCCUGAUACCGAGGAUUGCUUACUAUACAAUGUAAUACUGCAGCUGUUUUAAGCUGUUAAGUUGUUGCAAAUAUUUUUCUUGUGAAGAAAGAAACACUUUUAUAAUAUGACACUCUUUCUGAUAUUGAAUCAUAAUGACUGAAUGCAUGUAAAAAUAUUUAGUAUUAUUUUAAUGUAUAACUUUUCUGUUCAUUAAGAGCAACUAAUGUCUACAUUAUUUACCUGUCUUAUUCAUGUGAUUGUCGAAAAUAUUUAUUUUUUAAAUAUAGCUUUACAUCUUAAUUAUAUUAUAUAGUACUUAUACAGUCCAUGCCCAAGGCAAGAUUAGUUUAAGUACAUAUCGGUAUUUGUUAUUUAACUUGUUUUAAAAUGUUGAUUAUUGUCUUUAAUAUCAUUAUUUUUAUCAAUUUGGGAUUUUUUUAAUGUGGUAUCUAUGAUGAUGUAGUGUCUUUCAUGAUAAUUUUGUGGGUAUUGAAUUAAAUUUUAAAAACCUUA